AGCUGAGGUAGAAAAAAAAAAAAAAAAAAAAAAAAAACAUCCAAAAAUCAAAAUCUCAAAAUCUGCUCUGUGAAGAACGAAAUCUAACCCUAAUUUCUGGUUUUGGAUCGGAUCAUGCAACUCGGAUCCUCUGAUCUAGUUGAAAUUGAGUUCGAUUUCUGAAAGCGGCGGCGGAACGAUGACGCGGCGGUGCUCGCAUUGCAGCCACAAUGGGCACAACUCUCGGACUUGUCCGAAUCGCGGCGUGAAGCUCUUUGGAGUCCGAUUGACUGAUGGUUCUAUCCGGAAGAGUGCUAGUAUGGGGAAUCUUAGCCACUAUGCCGGAUCCGGAUCGGGUGCACUGCAAGGCGGGUCGAACAAUCCGGCUUCUCCGGGCGAGACUCCCGACCAUGGCGUUGCGGCCGACGGCUAUGCGUCGGAGGAUUUCGUUCCUGGCUCUUCUUCGAGUUGCCGUGAGAGGAAGAAAGGUGUUCCAUGGACUGAGGAGGAGCAUAGGAUGUUUUUAAUGGGAUUACAGAAACUUGGAAAAGGAGACUGGCGUGGGAUAGCACGUAAUUAUGUUGUAUCUAGGACGCCGACACAAGUGGCCAGCCAUGCCCAAAAGUAUUUCAUAAGGCAGACCAAUGUCUCAAGACGAAAGAGGCGCUCCAGUUUGUUUGAUAUCGUCGCUGGCGAACAUGUUGAGAAUUCAAUUGUGCAGCAAGACUUCCUAUCUGUUAACAAUUCACAUGCUGAAUCACAAAGCAAUAACCCAUUGCCUACACCUCCCACUGUGGACGAAGAAUGCGAGUCGAUGGAUUCCACCAACUCAAAUGAUGGAGAACCAGCACCUGCAGAACCAGAGGAUCCCCAAUGCUGUUAUCCAGUUGUAUAUCCUGCAUAUGUUACACCCUUCUUUCCAUUUUCCAUUCCGUUCUACUCGGGAUACAGUGCAGAACCCGCUAUUAAGGAGACACACGAGGUUCUUAAGCCAACAGCUGUGCAUUCAAAGAGUCCUCUCAAUGUUGAUGAGCUGGUUGGCAUGUCAAAACUCAGUCUGGGAGAAUCAAUUGGUCAUGCAGGCCCCUCAUCUCUUUCACUGAAACUACUCGAAGGGUCGUCUCGACGGUCUGCUUUCCAUGCAAAUCCAGCUUCUGGCAGUGAAAACAUGAGUUCUGGUGGCAGUCCAAUCCCUGCUGUUUAAUGGAUCGCAUACUUCUGAACUUCAGAUUGUAGGUUAUAAUUACAGGGUAUUGUCAAUAUACAACAAAAUAAUGUGCAGUCUGGUUUGGAUUUAUUAAUAUUUUCAUGUUAGGUCAGUCUUUUUCCCCUGUCCCGUCCUGCUCGGUCUCUCCUGUGUUAACUAACUCGGUUGUAACUUGUAGGCUCUAGCAUCUUCUGUUAGAAAUCGUUCAUUCCAACUUAAAGAUUGUAUGUUGUUUAUCUUCAGUUUCUGGACUUGAUGCUUAUUUAUAUAGUUUCUGAUAUUCUAAUUCAUGCAGGAAGACGUUUC